CCAAUGGUUUAAAAUUUACUUUUUUGGUAGUUUUUACUUGAAUAUUCAAUGCGUUAUUACUCAUGGCAUUGGUAGUGUUUGGUGAUAAAACUAGUGCUAGUUUCAAAUAUAAAACUUGUUUUAUUAGCUGUCAAAAAACCGAACUGAUUGGUUUUUAUUAUUAUAACUUAUUGUAAUGCCUGGAAGUCGCUCAAGUAACGAUCCGGAGCACAAAUCACCUCGUGAAAGUGGUGAAGAUUCCGAAGAUGAGAGUGAAAUUUUAGAAGAAAGUCCUUGUGGCAGAUGGUUGAAACGUCGGGAAGAGGUGGAGCAACGAGAUGUUCCAGGUAUAGACUGCGCAUAUUUGGCCAUGGAUACCGAGGAGGGUGUUGAAGUUGUUUGGAAUGAAGUACAAUUCAGUGAACGUAAGAAUUUCAAGGCACAAGAGGAGAAAAUUCAACUUGUAUUUGAAAAUCUAACGCAGUUAGAACAUCCGAAUAUUGUGAAAUUUCAUCGAUAUUGGACAGAUACACAUAAUGAUAAACCUAGGGUUAUAUUUAUUACCGAAUAUAUGUCAUCGGGUUCAUUAAAGCAGUUCCUAAAGCGUACCAAACGUAAUGUAAAAAGGCUUCCUCUUCAAGCAUGGAAACGAUGGUGUACACAAAUCCUCUCAGCCCUCAGUUACUUGCAUUCCUGUUCGCCACCUAUCGUCCAUGGCAACCUCACCUGUGAUACGAUAUUUAUUCAGCACAAUGGCCUCGUGAAAAUAGGAUCAGUUGCACCUGAUUCAAUAAAUCACCAUGUGAAGACUUGUAGAGAAAAUAUUAAAAAUAUGCAUUUCUGGGCGCCAGAAUAUGCUACAUCAAUGACACCGGCAAUUGAUGUUUAUUCAUUUGGAAUGUGUGCGUUAGAAAUGGCCGCGUUAGAAAUUCAAGGUAAUGGAGAUUCUGGAAAUCUAGUCACAGACGAAAAUAUAAACCGGACUAUUGAUUCUCUGGAGGAUCCACAACAACAAGACUUUAUUCAUAAGUGUUUGAACAAAGAUGCUGAUCAACGACCUACUGCCAGAGAACUUCUCUUUCAUCCUUUACUUUACGAAGUACAUUCGUUAAAACUAUUAGCCGCCCAUUGUUUAGUUAAUACAGCAGCUAACAUAUCAGAAACAAUUACUGAUGAACUAGUCCAAAAGCUCUACGGUCCAGAAGUGGUUGUAGCUGAAAUAGUACAUUCCGAUCGUCCAGGAGUGCAAAUUAAGAUGUCCGAUGUGCCCGUUGCAGAAAAGUUAGAAAAAUUUAUUGAAGAUGUGAAGUAUGGAAUUUAUCCUUUAACAGCAUUUACUGCUAAACAACCUCCACCGCCAAGACCUAGAGCUAUUUCUCCAGAAAUAUCAGAGUCAGUGAAAUCUGUGACACCGGAACCAUUAGAUAUAGAAACUAGAAGAGUGGUGAAUAUGAUGUGUAACGUUAAACCAAAGGAAGAGACUGGUGAAUUUAUGAUGACAAUAUUAAUAAGAAUGGAUGACAAAAUGAAUCGACAAUUAACGUGUUUAGUGUCACAAAAUGAAUCUGCGACAGCUUUAGCUCAGGAAUUAGUACAUCUCGGUUUUAUUAAUGACGAGGAUCGGGAAAAAAUUGGUAAUUUAAUUGAAGACACACUAAUCAAUUCAUUUAGCAAACAUGCGCACAGUAGUGUCGGUGGUACGACGACGGAAGAAAGUGGUGGUAGUAGCAGUGACGGAAGUCUGCCUCCAAGUAACACAUUCCCAACAUUACCUACACAGCCGAUAAGUCAGAUGACUGUGCAUUCAGCCAGUUAGUAGUGGUACUUUAUGUCCAUGAUAAUAAUUAUACAAUAUUAGCAUAGGACUUUAUUGGGGGAGUGAAGACUGGUUAAAUUAGGUUUUAAAAAAGUGCUGGACAUUACAAAAUUUAAUAUUAAAUAAAAAAAAAUACAAUAAUAAAUAAAUAAAAAUAUCACCGUUAUAAAUUAAAGCAAUUAAUUUAACACAAAAACAAACUUACUACUUUCAAUUGAAAACAAAGGUGUUGUUAGAUUUAUCAUACAUUCAGUCGUCUUAUGAGAACAUAGAAACUUCAAUAAAGUGUUUCCAUCCACUCUUUUAUUUUUACUUUUGUUUGAAUUUUUUUUUAAAUGUCAGCUUGGUGCAGAAAGCUAGUCAUAUCGAAUUUUCUUUUUUUGUUUUCUUUAAAAUUAUUGAUCCCGAAAAAUUGUAUAUGAAAUCACUUUCCAAAAUUUAGGUUGGUGCGCGCGAAUGUAAUUUAUUAGAAAAAAAAUUCUCGAACGAAUCGAUUGUUAUUAUUAUUU